CUGAGGCCUCUGCUAGUAAGAGGGGCCCCAUGGAGUCCUUUCUGGAGUCUCAUAGGGGGGCCCCCCAGGAAGAAGGGGGCCCCCAGGGGGCCCCCUACGCAGAAGGGGGCCCCCUGGGGGCCCCUUCUUCUAUAGGCGGCGCUGAUGCGGUUGACCCGUCUCCUUUAAUAGAGAGCGAGGCCCUAGAAGAAGCAGCAAAGAAGAAGGAUAACUCAGUGCAGCAGCUGCUGCUGCAGCAACUGCUGCCGCAGCAGCUGCUGCUGCAGCAAGAUACUCUCUCUAUAUCCAAUUUGCUGCUUCUUACACAGAACAAAAAAGGUCAAACAAAUGCACAGCAGCAGCAGCAGCAGCAACAGCAGCAGCAGCAUCAGCAGCAGCAGCGGUGGCAGAACGUAAACUUCUGUUUGCUGCUUACCCCAAAGCAGCAGCAACAGGAGGAGGAGGAGCAGCGGCGACAACAGCAACAGCAGCAGCAGCAGCAACCACAGCAGCAGCAGCAACAACAACAGCAACAGGAGCAACAGCAACAGCUGCAACAUCUGCAGCAGCAGGACGGCGCUGCAGCAGCAGGAGACAACAGAAAGGCAGCAGAGGAGACACCGCAAAGCAUAAAGCGAGUGGAGGGCAGCAGCAAUCCCUCUUCACUGCAGCAGCAGCAGCAGCAGCAGCAACCGGUGCAGCAGCAGCAAGAACAAAAGCAACAACAUCCGUCGUCGCUACACCAAGAUCAAGAGGAGCUGGAGCAGCAGCAGCAGCAGCAGCAGCAGCGGCUGCUGCUGAGCACACCCCAGAAGAAACCGCCUCAGCAGCAGCAGCAAAGGAAAAAGCAGCAACAGCAGCAGCAGCAACGCAGAAAGCCGAAGCAGCAGCAGCAGCAGCAAGGGGGUAAGCAGCUGCUGCCGCGUCUUUUCGCUUCACCUGUCGUUGAUGCUGCUGCUGCUGCAUGGAUUGAAUCCAUCUGCUGCUGCCAGCUGCUGCUGCAGCAAAGGCCCUCAACAGCGGCACAAGGUAAUGCUGCGGUGCUGCAAGCAGUGUUGCAGCUAGACAAGCUCUGGCUGCAGCAACAGCAACAACAGCAGCAACAACAGCAGAAGCAGCAGCAGCAGCAACCAUAUGACAGCGUUCCGCAAGCUGGAGUUAGCAGCAGCAGCAGCACCAAUGGUAUCCCCAGCAGCAGCAGCAGCAGCAGCAGCAUUAGCGGCUGCUGCUGCUGCAGCACUCUCAACAACCCAUUCUGCUGCAGCAGCUGCAGCAGCAACAGUUCGAACUGCAGCGAAGUCAUCAGCAGCAGCAACAACAGCAGCGGCAACAACAGCAGCAGCAGCAACAGCAGCAGCAGCAGCAACAGCAGCAGCAGCAGCAACAGCAGCAGCAGCAGAAGCAGCAGCAGCAGAAGCAACAGCAGGGCUUCAUCGCUGCAGCCACUGGAGGUGGGUUAUAUCUUUGGGGGGCCCCUGCGUAGUCCUUACAAGACUUUGUAUACACGACAAGCUGCAGCAGCAGCAGCAGCAGCAGCAGCAGAAGCAGCAGCAGCGGAAGGCCAGACGGCGGUCUUAGCGUCUGCAACAGCAGCAAAAAAUGUAGCGGCAGCAACAGCAGCAGAAGCAACAUCAGCAGCAACGCCAGCAGCAGCAACAGCAGCAGCAGGAAAAACAGCAGCGUCUGCUGAGGCCUCCUUAUCCCCACCAGGAGCAGCAGAAAGUGCAGCAGCAACUGCAGCAGCAACUGCAGCAGCACCAGCAACAACUGCACCUGCACCUGCUCCUGCUGCAGAAGCAGCAACAGCAGCACCAGUAACAACAAGAACAGCAGCAAUAGCAACAGCAGGAGCAGCAGCAGCAGCAGCAAAAGCAGCACAAGCAGAAACGGCAGCAGCAGCCGCAGCAGCAGAAGCUAAGGCAGCGGCCGCAGCAGCAGAAGCAAAGGCAAAAACAGCAGCAGAAGCAAAAGCAGAAGCAGCAGCAGCAGCAGCAGAAGCAAAAGCAGAAGCAGCAGCAGCAGCAGCAGGAGCAAAAGCAGAAGCAGCAGCAGCAGCAGAAGCAAAAGCAGCAUCAGCAGCAGCAGCAGCAAAAGUCGCAGCGGCAGCAGCAGCAGCAAAAGCAGCAGCAGCAGCAGCAGCAGAAGCAGCAGCAGCAGCAGCAGAACAAGAAGCUAUUUGGUCCGUGAGAGCUGCUGCAGCAACAAGGAAGCAUGCAUGCAGCAGCAGCGGAAACAGAACGAGCAGCAACAGAUGCAGCAGCAGCAGCAGCAGCAGCCCGAUCAUACGCUGUCUUUCAAGCCACUCAGUAGCAGCAACAGCAGCAGCAACAGCAGCAGCAGCAGCAACAGGGAAGGCAGCACCAGUAGCAGCGACGAUAACAGCAACAAAAGCAGCAAAGAAACCACCACCGCCAGCAGCAACAACAGCAGCAGCAGCAGAAGCAGCAACAGCAGCAGCAGCAACAGCAACAGCACGAGCAACAGCAGCAGAGAAGGCAGUAGCAGCAGCAGCAGCAGCAGGUGCUGCAGAAGCAGCAGCAGCGACAGCAGCAGCAGCUGCUGCAACAGCAGUUGCUGCAGCAACGACAACAGCAGUAGCAGCAGCUGCAGCAGCAGGUGCUGCAACAAUAGCAUCAGCAGCAGCAGCAGCAUCAGCAGCAGCAUCAGCAGCAGCAGCAGCAGCAGCAGCAGCAAGAGGGUGUGCAUGCGUCGGGAGUUGCUGA